UGGUUGACUAUUUGGUUCUCUGGGACAGCGUUUUUGCGGGAAGACCACCGUUGCGGCUUAUCAUGGACACGUUAACUGUGUCAGGGAAGCACGGGUUAUCCCUUUUCUAGAAGCUUUUCCAUAUGAAGGGAAAUUUUUAUGUAAGUUCUCAUAGUUGACUCAACUGUUGACAAAAAUCUCAAUGAAGAGAGUCUGUGGGAAAAGCCAGAACUUGGACGGGAAAAUCCAUUCCACUGACGUUGGUGAAGCUGAGCCCAGAGCGACAUUUACAGCUAAUCUUAUAAAAAUGUGCGGAAAUAAAGCAAUCUGAAGGAAACUUAAGACCAAAAAAUUUACUGACUGAAAUACAUUGUAUGGUUCAUACCAAUAAUAAGAGUGUUUGGAGAAAGAUCUUUUUAUUCUGCUAAAUCAUGACAGAGGCAGAAGACCAGCAGCAGUGGAAGAGAACCUUUUAUUCAGAAUUACCUAAAGUGGAACUUCAUGCCCACUUGAAUGGAUCCAUCAGUUCUAAUACCAUGAAGAAAUUAAUAGCUAAAAAACCAGGUCUUAAAAUCCAUGAUCAGAUGACUAUGAUUGAUAAGGGAAAGAAAAGAACUUUAGAAGAAUGUUUCCAGAUGUUCCAGAUUAUUCAUCAGCUUACUACUAGCCCUGAAGAUAUUUUAAUGGUCACAAAAGAUGUCAUUAAAGAAUUUGCAGAUGAUGGUGUCAAGUACCUGGAACUAAGGAGCACACCCAGAAUAGAAAAUACUACAGGAAUGACUAAAAAAACUUAUGUGGAAUCUGUACUUGAGGGUAUAAAACAGUCUAAACAAGAAAACUUAGACAUUGAUGUUAGAUAUUUGAUAUCAGUCGACAGACGAGGAGGCCCUUCAGUGGCCAAGGAGACUGUUAAACUUGCUGAAGAAUUCUUCCUUUCUACUGAAGAUACAGUUCUUGGCCUUGACCUCAGUGGAGACCCUACAGCAGGACAAGCAAAGGAUUUCUUGGAACCUCUUUUAGAAGCAAAAAAAGCUGGUCUAAAGCUGGCAUUGCACCUUUCAGAGAUUCCAAACCCCAAAAAAGAAACACAAGUACUCCUGGAUCUGCUUCCUGACAGAAUCGGACAUGGGACAUUUCUCAACUCCUCUGAGGGAGGAUCCCUGGAUCUGGUGGACUUUGUGAGGAAGCACCAGAUACCGCUGGAACUCUGUUUGACCUCAAACAUCAAAAGUCAGACAGUCCCGUCUUAUGACCAGCAUCAUUUCAGAUUCUGGUACAGCAUUGCCCAUCCUUCGGUGAUUUGUACUGAUGAUAAGGGUGUUUUUGCAACACACCUUUCCCAAGAGUACCAGCUGGCAGCUGAAAAAUUUAAUUUGACCCCGUCUCAGGUAUGGGAUCUGUCUUAUGAAUCCAUCAACCACAUCUUUGCUUCUGAGAGCACCAGGUCUGAACUGAAGAGCAAGUGGAAUCAUCUGAAGCCCAAAGUGUUACAUUUUUAAAAUGUAAUAAAGUGAAUUACUUUUGAAUAAAAAAAAAAAAAA